CAAUUUCUCAGCGGAGACCCACCGCCCAACCGCGCCAGGCCGCCCCUCUCGCUAGAAACUAAGAAUCUGCGACCGGUGGCGACCGCUAAGGAGCUGUGGUUACGGUCGCGGGCUGCCCUCCCGGGCGUCCGGAAGACUUCAUUCACUCGCGGGGCUGGCUUUCAGCAGGGCGACGAUGAUCCUGGAGGAGAGGCCAGACGGCCAGGGUGAAGGCGAGGACAGCGCGCGGCUGCAGGCGGCCGACAGCGGUCUCAAGACUCAGCACAGCUGGUUGCAGAGCCGAAGAACCUGGAUCCACCAGCAGAUCAGCAAGGAGCUUCGGAUGCGGACAGGUGCCGAGAACCUCUACAGAGCAACCAGCAACAACCAAGUCCGAGAGACAGUCGCCCUGGAGCUGAGCUAUGUCAACUCCAACCUACAGCUGCUGAAGGAGGAGCUGGAGGGGCUCAGCAGCAUGGUGGACAUGGAGCAGCCCAAGAGUGAAGGUGUCACUGUCCCCAUGAUCCCCUUGGGCCUGAAGGAGACCAAGGAGCUGGACUGGGCCACACCCCUGAAGGAGCUGAUCUCCGGUCACUUUGGAGAGGACGGAGCUGCCUACGAGGCAGAGAUCAUGGAGCUGGAGGGCCUACGGCAGGCCAUGCGGACCCCCAGCCGGGAUGAGGCGGGCCUGCAGCUGCUCGAGGCCUACUAUGACCAGCUGUGCUUCCUGGACAUGCGCUUCUUCAGCCCUGCUCGAAGCCCUGGGCUGCUCUUCCAGUGGUAUGACUCACUCACGGGGGUCCCAGCACAGCAACGGGCCCUGGCCUUUGAGAAAGGCAGUGUGCUGUUCAACAUCGGCGCCCUCCACACACAGAUCGGGGCAUGCCAGGACCGCUCCCACCCAGAGGGUGCCCACCGUGCUGCCCAGGCCUUCCAAAGGGCUGCUGGGGCCUUCAGCCUCUUGAGGGAGAACUUCUCCCACGCCCCGAGCCCAGACAUGAGCACUGCCUCUCUCUCCACAUUGGAACAGCUCAUGGCUGCACAGGCCCAGGAGUGCAUUUUUGAGGGCCUCUCACUGCCAGCCCCUGCCACCCCCCACAACUGCCUGGCCCAGGAGGCUGCCCAGGUGGCAGCUGAGUACAGGCUUGUGCACCGGGCCAUGGCCCAGCCACCUGUCCAAGACUAUGUGCCCCCAUCCUGGACCACCCUGGUGCACGUCAAGGCCGAGCACUUCCGUGCACUAGCGCACUACCAUGCUGCAGUGGCCCUCUUCGACGGCCCCCCUGCAGCUGAAGGCGAGCUCCCCCUCCCCACGCAUGAGCAGGUCUUUCAGCCCCCGCACUUCCCUGAGUCACGAGGCCCCCCUCUGCCGCAGCAGCCAGAGGAGCGCAGGAAGCUUGCCAAGGCCCACCUGAAGCACGCCAUACUGGGCCAGGAAGAGGCACUGCGGCUGCAUGCUUUGUGUCGUGUCCUGCGCACAGUGGACCUGCUACAGGCCGUAGUGGCCCAGGCGCUGCAACAUUCACUGGCCAAGUACUCAGAGCUUGAGCGUGAGGAUGACUUCUUUGAGGCCACAGAAGCCCCUGACAUCCAGCCUAAGACCCACCAGAAGCUCGAGGUCAGGCCAUCCAGCCUGUCGCAGAUGAAAGUGGCUGACAUCUUCCACCGCCUGGGGCCCCUGUCUGUAUUCUCAACCAAGAACCGGUGGCAGCUGGUGGGACCCCUCCACUUGACCCGAGGAGAGGGCGGCUUCGGCUUCACCCUCCGGGGAGACUCACCUGUCCUCAUUGCUGCUGUAGCUCCUGGGGGCCAGGCUGCGGCAGCUGGCCUGAAGGAGGGGGACUACAUCGUGUCAGUGAAUGGGCAGCCAUGCAAGUGGUGGAAGCACGCAGAGGUUGUGGCGCAGCUGAGGGCCGCGGGCGAGGCGGGUGUGAGCCUGCAGGUGGUGUCCCUGCUGCCUAACCCUGAGCCACGGGGCACGGGGGACCGCCGGCCAGCUCUGCUGGGCCCAGGGGGACUUCUGAAGAGCCAGAGAGAGUAUGGUGUCGAGAUACCAGCCCCUGUGCAUGCCAGCCCCCUGCCCCUCCUUGGCUGGAGCCGCAAGACCAACUGGUACAAGACAGGGGGGCGUCCCCAGCCCAGCACUGGUGGGGACUCUGGCACCUGUCCCUGAGACAGGCGGCCCCGUGCCCUCCAGGCAUCCAGGGGGCUAUGAAGGCCAGUGGCCAGGAGUGGCCUGUACAUUCUGUCCCCCACCUUCAAUGACCUUCAGGCUGUGCCUGUUCUGCUCAAGGCUGAGAUGCACAUUAAAGAUUAUGGUCAGACAA